AUGAAAAUACCAAGUAAAGAGGAUCUACGUCGUCUCUUUAACUUUCUCAAAUCUCACCUAUAUCGAUUGAAUUUAUUCAAUACUGCCAGCGAAGAUGAACCUAUUAUAGAAAAUGAACGUCGAUCAACUCGUCUUUACUUAGUUCUUCUCGUGACAUCAAUGAUGAUUUUUCUUGCAUAUUAUAGUGCUGUAUUUUUUACAGAAGACAUUUUCAUUUCAUCUCCUUCAUUAAUUGAAUAUGAUCGUAUACAAAAAGAAGCUUCAUUACAGUGUCCGUGUACAAAUAUCGCAGUAAAGUAUGAAGUAUUUACUGAGGUUGUACCCACUUAUCAUCAAUUGUGCGAAAGUGCUCUCGUAUCAGAUGAAUGGAUUAAUCGUUUGUUUCGUUUAUAUGAGCAAAGUUGGAACAAUUCAACUCCAAUUGACUUUCGUCGAAUAGGUGUAUUUCAGUUUCAAACACUUCGUUCGCUCUGUGAAUUAGCAAACGACACAAUCAGCAGGAGUCUUCAAUCAUUUAAUUACAACAAUUUUGUUCAAUCUCUACUAGUUUCACCAGACAUUUUUGAAGGUCAAAUCGGCUCCUUUAUCAAAGAGUUCAUCGAAGAAACACCCAAGACAUUUCUAAGAGCAUUUAACUUUAUGCAAGAUACAACAGCACAGAGUUUGUUCAUGGCUGGUGCCUCAAUUACAAGUGUUCGACCAGUUACACAAUAUACGAUAAAAGAAUUCGUGCGCGGUAUUGUUCCUUAUCCUGGAGUCAACUACACAUUUACAGAUAAUUCCACCUGUGUCUGUUCAAGUUCAACUGCUACUACCUGUAUGGGUCUGGCAACAUUUGAUAAUAAUGUCCUACCUGGUUUCCAAACUGGUUGUUAUAUGUUAAAUGCAUUGAUGAAUUCUACUCUCGAAGCAUUCGACAAUCAGACAUUAAUCAAUAGGCUGAAUAAUUCAUCACGAAGUUUUCAAAAACUCAAUUCAUCGAAUUCACACUGGAAAAUUGAAAAAUUACUUAGUCAAAUUAUUCCACGUUCAACAAAUGAAACUAUUCUUCGACAACAACGUCAUACAACUCGCUUAUAUUUAGUUUUGUUAUUAGUAACAUCGAUUACUCUGAUCUGCUAUGUGUUUCUUGAAUUUAUUACAAUCAGUAAGACUAUUGAAUCACCAUCGUUAAAAACUUUUACUCAAUUGAGUAAGGAAUAUCCAUUAACACUUGACUGUCCAUGUAGUCGAACUUCAUUCGAAUAUAAACAAUUUUUUUCUGAUAUUAAAGUUGAAUACCAUGAAAUCUGUUCAUCUGAAUUCAUUACUGCUCGUUGGAUCCAACUUCAAUUUGUCGAAUUUCCCACGAGAGUAUUUUGGAUCAACGAUUUUCGUUUUCAAUCUCAAAUGCAUUUUCAGCUUUUAUCUACACUUUGUCGUGUAGCUAAGCAAACUAUCGAAGACAACCUUCAAUCAUUUUAUCGAACAAAAUUCAUUACUCCUAAAGUUAUCGAUAAUUUUUCUUUUCAAAUCGAAUCUGAAUUAAUUCUUGAACAAUUCAAAAGAACAGUACCAGAAUCAUAUCGACGGACAUUACAACUAAUAGAAGCAAAUCCUGAAAUUAAUCAAUUGAUUGUACCACUCAGUUCUAUUUUUCGAUCCGACAGAGAUGUUCACAACAAAACGGUUUUUCGCUUAAAAUCUGAGGCAACUGCUCUAAAUGAUCGUCCUGUAUGUAUGGCCGGCGGAGAAGGCAAAAAUGAAGAUAAUUGCGAAUGUUCCUUUUUGCUACUUAACUAUUCCAACGAAUGUGUUCUAAAAACAUUUGUUUGGAACGAACAUGUCGAUCGAGACACUAUUCCAGGAAUGAGACUAACGGUAUCUCCUGUUCGCUCUGUUUUAAUAUCGACAUUAGAAUGUUUCUACGAUGCGACAUGUCUAUUUGGGAUUACACGUAAAAUUAAUUCGCUAGUUUCACCAACAAAUUUUUCAACACUUCGUUUAUCAUCGUUAACAAUGAACGAAAGUCAAUACGAUACAAUCGAUAUGUUGGCAAAGAAACUUUUUAUUCGAACAUGGUCUAAUAAUCAAAGCUCAUAUGAAUCUUAUUUUAAUCAAUGUCAUCCUUUAUCUUGUCAAUAUUCAUAUCUAGCCGCCAUGGUUGAGUGGUUACGUUGUUCGGCACGUAUCCACAAGAGUAUUGUUGAAUUUAGUAUCUUUCCUGCAAUUCCCUCUUCACAAACUCUAAAUAAUCUUCGUAGAAACCGACGAUUAACUCGAAUUUAUUUCACUUUGUUACUUAUAUCUUUAUUAAUCCUUGUUGUUUAUACAUCGCUAACAAAAGAAACAACAUCAGGUACUAUUGAAUCUCCAUCUAUAUCAAAAUAUUUGGAAUUAUAUAAUCAAUAUCCAUUAACAUUUCAAUGUUCCUACAGUAAUCUCGCAGUGAAAUAUGAAAAAUUUAUCAGACAGAUCGAACCUCAACGUCAUCCAAUUUGUUCGAGUGAUUUUUUUUCAUCCGAUCGAUAUGAUACUGUAUGGAUAUGGCUACAAAGAGAUUUCGUAACAGCACGUGUGAUCAUUCCUGAUGAAUUCGAUGUUCAAAUCAAUGGAUUUAUUGAAGAAUUUAAGAGAACAAUAAGCAAUGAACUGGUUUUGCUAUUCAAAUUAAUGCAAGUAACAAAUCUUGCAAAUCAACUAGCAACAACUCAAUCAUCCAACUGGGAAUUCAUUGUCAAUCAGAUCUAUAAUGUUUCUGCAGGAAUGAUAGUCAUCAAAUUAGUUGAUCGUAGAAGGAAAAGAAGAGUAGCACCAUAUCCAAAUAUAGCUGAGACCAACUCAGAUGAUGUCACUCUCAAUACUAUUCCGAAUGUUCCCAUUACAGCAAUCGAGAUCAAUGUUGAUCCAAUUCAAGAGCAAAUCGAACCAUCUAAUAAUCGAACUGAUCGAAUAAUUGGAAUCUGUCUAUGUCUAUUAGUUAUAGUUGCAAUAGUUGUAGCUUCAGUCAUUUCGACGGGAAAAAAAGAUACGAAAUAUAUACCAAUAACUACAUCAAUCACCACUUUAAUCACCACUACGGAAAUAACAAAAUCAACGACAACAUCAGCAGAAAAUAUUUAUAUGACUUUAAUGUAUCAAUCUGAAACUUAUCCCAUUGGUCGUGAUGCCAAGUCAUUUAUUCUACGUGAUUUAAAUGGCGAUUCAUUUUUAGAUUUAGCAGUAACAAACUAUGGAGAUGACACAUUUAGUAUUUUAUUUGGAAAUGGGAAUGGAACGUUCCGACCACAACAAGUUUAUUCAACCGGCGAUGAAAGUUACCCUUGGGGAAUAGCAUCCGGUGAUCUUAACAAUGAUACAUUUUUGGACAUAGCUGUAACAUUAACAAAAACUAACCAAAUAGUGAUCUUUUUCGGUACUGCAUUAAAUGGUUCAUUCAACAGAGUACCUCACACAAUGUUGAUUCCAUGCUCUACGGUUUAUCAACCUCGCCUACUAGAAGUUCGUGAUUUAAAUGGGGAUGGAUGUCUUGAUUUACUUUUUGAUUGCUACGAUCCUCAUUUUGGAGGUGAUUAUUUCGUCGCUGCACUGAAUCGUGGUAAUGGAUCUGAUUAUCAAUCUCAAUCUUUAAAUUUAGUCAAUACAUGGGAUAUCGAGUCAGUUGUUUUUGGUGAUUUUGAUCAUGACGGAAAAAAAAAUGACAUAGGUUUUUGUAGUGGUGAGAACAAAGUCUUUAUUUUUUCUGCUAUCAAUUAUGCAGAAGAUGACAAAUUCAAGUCUAAAGACUUCAGUGCUAAUAUUCACGGAAUUCCACAAUCAGUCAUUCGAGGUCGAUUCAACGAUGACGAUUUCGAUGAUAUAGCACUUGUUGCUCCUCAAUCUAAUGGAUUGCACGUUCUACUUGCUACAGGAGAUGGUAAAUUCUUACAACAAAUCUAUCAUAUAAACAAUUGUCCAAUAUCUGUAGUGCGAAUAAAUUUCAAUAAUGAUUCUAUUGAUGAUUUGGCUAUAUUACAUUCCAAUCAGACUAUUGGUAUAUAUCUCGGUACAAAACUUGGAAUAUUUUCUGAAGAGAAAAUUUCCUGUCAAGUUGGAGAAAAUUGUACCGAUCAAAGUUUUCGAUCGCUCAAAGUGGCUGAUCUAAAUCAAGAUGGGAAAGAUGAUUUGGUUGUGAUCGAUCCAAUUAACCGAACCAUUCAAGUUUUACUAAGUGCGAAUUGUAAUAAACAUUUUUAA